AUGUUUCACCAAGUCAUAUCUCUGGAGCAGUAUGGGUUCAUAUCUGGUCGGAGGCUGUCGGACGCGGUGGCUCUGGUCGCAGAUGUCAUUGAUGCGGCGAAACACGGCAGCGAGGACUGGUACCUUCUACUCGUCGAUUUUUGGAAGGCCUUCGACUCGGUCUCGCGCAUCUUCAUUUUCAUGGUGUUGAGAAGCAUGGGAUUUCUGGAGCGGUUUGUGGCUUGGUUGGUGGAGAAGAGGAAACUGGGGCUCAGUUUGGUGGGGCAGAGGCUAGCAUACCUGGGGUAUGCUGAUGACACAACUCUUAUCCUGCAGGGGAAAAGUCAGAUCAAGAAAGCGGUGAGGGCGCUCGCCAAGUUUGAGAAGGAGUCCGGUCUGGCGACGAACAAGGGGAAAUCGGACGUAAUGGCGCUGGGGGUGAACCUCACCUCUAACCCGAUUGCAUCAGACUGUUUCAAGUGGGCGGGAGCGGAUGAAGCGGAGCGUCUUUUGGGGGUCUGGAUCACGCCGAAUGGUAGCUGCAGGUCGACAUGGGAGAAGGCGUUAGAUGACAUCACGGGAAAGCUGCAGAAAUGGCACGAGAAGUAG